AUGGGAGUUUUUCUCCACUUGUUCUUCAUCUCUGUGACUGUCCCCCUCGGACAAGUUCUAUCCUGUCCAGAUGAUCAAUGCCGUAUAUUGGCAUUUCCAUCCACUUUGUUUUUCGUGGGAGAACGCCUUCUUAACCACACCAUAGCAAACAUCAGUGUGAUUGACAGGGACACGUGUGAAUAUCGUUGCUACUUGGAUCACAACUGUGUCAGUGUUAAUUUUUAUUUUGGAGAAAAAGGAGCAAAAGCACACAACUGUGAACUGAAUAACUCAACGAGUAAAGAGUACGAUAAGGAUCUGGUGAAAGCAGCGAACUAUGUAUACCACGGAACUAAGAAUUUUUGCGCUCAAGCUCCAUGCAAGAACUACGGCACCUGCCAGUCGGGAUUUACAAGAAAACGAUAUCGAUGUUUAUGUGCGUCUGGAUUCACUGGCCACGAUUGCGAAAAAGACAUCGACGAGUGUGCUACAAAUACCCACAAGUGCGGCCAUGAAAAUGUCAUUUGCUUAAAUACCGAAGGAUCAUUCAAGUGCAUUUGUAAACAUGGAUUCAGUGGGGAUAUACACAAUUGCAUAGACAUCGAUGAGUGUGCUCUGAAUUCCCACAAUUGUAGCGAGAAUGCCAAUUGUUCAAAUACCGCGGGAUCUCACAUCUGCUCUUGUAAUCCUGGAUUCAGCGGGGAUGGACAUGAAUGCGAAGACAUUGAUGAGUGCUUUGAAAAUAUUCACAACUGUAUAAAGGAGAACGCAACUUGUACAAACACUGAAGGAUCGUUUACUUGCUCUUGCAAUCCUGGAUUCACUUGGGAUGGACACAACUGCACAGACAUUAAUGAGUGCUCUGAGAAUACUCACAACUGUAGCAAGGGGAAAGCCACUUGUGCAAACACCGCAGGAUCAUUCAUCUGCUCUUGUAAGCCUGGGUUCACAGGAGAUGGGCACAAUUGCCAAGAUACUGAUGAAUGUACCAGCGGUUUUCACAAUUGCCAUAGUUCAGCUUCAUGUACCAACACUGUAGGAUCGUUCAAGUGCUCAUGUAACCAGCUCUACAUAUGGAAUGGAAGAUCUUGCAUUCCUCUCCCAUCAGAAUGUUUAAACUAUCAAAGUCUGACCAAGGCAGACAGAAAGAUAACCUACGGCAAUCAAAACAAGGUUUGUGACAGAAGACUGAAGGGUUGGUAUCGUUUUGAAGGAGCAGCAGGUACACGAAUGCCUACUUCAUGUCCACCAAAACAGCGAUGUAACACUCACGCGUCCGGUUGGCUAAAUGGUGCUCAUCCCACAGUGGCUGAUGGUCAGGUCACCAGCACAGUUUGCUUCCACUGGGGGUCAAACUGCUGCAACUGGUCAAGAUCCGUCAAAGUGAUAAACUGUGGCGGUUACUAUGUUUACUACAUAACUCACGCACCCGCAUGUUUCCUCCGCUACUGCAGCACAGAAUAA